UCUAGUUUACCCCGGCCUCCCCGAACGCCAAUUCCUAGCUCCGCCCCUGGCUACUCCAGCACCGACCUCCGCGCCACCUCCGCCCUCCACGACUGCCUCUCCAACCUCGACGACGCCGCAGAGGAGAUUUGCGGCUCCCUGAAGCAGAUGCGGAAACUGGGCGCGACGGGGGAGUCGAGGGAGACGUUCCGCUUCCAGAUGAGCAACGUGCAAACGUGGAUGAGUGUCGCGCUGACGAACGAGGAGACCUGCACGAACGGCUUCCGGUCCGGUGCGUCGGGGGAGGCCAAGGCGGUGUACGCCCGUGCCGCGGAGGCGAAGAAGUACACCAGCAAUGCGUUUGCGUUGGCUAAACGGAGGUCGAGGACAUGUAAUUUAUUGUUUUUUUAUUAA